CCGAGGACGAGAGAACAUGCAACAAGGUGAAGAUGUCUCUCAUGUCCCGCUGAUUCGAGACCCGUCUACUGGGCUCGAGCAUACCAGCCCUGAGAUUCACUCACGCGACGAACCCCAGGCCUUGCAUCAAAGCCAGAUCCAUCGUCCAGGUCGCUUUCUUUGGACCCUAACUUGCACUGCAGGUAUUAGUGGCCUGCUCUUUGGAUAUGACACCGGUGUCAUCUCGUCUGCUCUAGUGAGCAUUCAGAGCGGGUUGUCGGGACGAGUCUUGACCACCGCCGAUAAGAGCAUCAUCACCUCAUGCACCAGUCUCCUGGCCCUCCUUGUCAGUCCGCUGGCCGGUAUCCUGGCCGAUCGGCUGGGCCGGAAAAAGCUCAUUUUAGUGGCCGAUGCACUGUUCAUCCUCGGAGCCCUAUGGCAGGCUUGCACCGCCAGCGUCUGGGGAAUGGUUGCGGGGAGAGGCAUCGUGGGCUUGGCAAUCGGGGCUGCAAGCAUGGUGGUGCCACUGUACAUUUCUGAGCUAGCUCCAUCAUCGUAUCGCGGACGGCUCGUGACAAUCUUCACCCUCUUCAUUACCGGCGGUCAAGUUGUCGCCUAUCUCGUGGGCUAUGUGUGUUCCUCACACCUAUCCGGAUGGCGAUGGUCCCUAGGCCUGGGUGCGCUUCCAGCCGUCCUCCAGGCGCUCAUGCUUGGCUUCUUGCCCGACACCCCGCGCUGGCUCGUCAAGGCCGGAAAAAUUGAUGCCGCAAAGCGCGUUCUCGAGCAAGUCUAUGGCUCUGGCCCGGGCAUGCGCCAAGUGGCGCUUACUGUUCUUCGCGCGAUUGACGAAGAGAUUCUCGAAGAAGACGCCCACCGCACACGCCAUGGCCAUGGCCGGGGACCGGCAAAACGCACGUCUUGCUUGGGCCUCGCGCGCGUUCAUGACCAAGCCGGCGAGUUAUGCGGCGUUGCUUCAAACCGACGAGCUCUGACCAUUGCCUGCUUACUCCAAGGAUUACAGCAGCUUUGCGGGUUUAACUCUCUCAUGUACUUCUCCGCCACCAUCUUCUCCAUUGUAGGAUUCCGUUCGCCAACAUUAACCUCCCUCUCCAUUGCCAUUACCAACUUUAUCUUCACGCUCCUCGCAUUCGCCCUAAUUGACCGCAUCGGACGUCGUCGGAUCCUACUCUAUUCUAUUCCCGUCAUGAUACUAGGUCUGGCGAUUAGUUCCGCGGCUUUUCAUUUUGUGCAUCUUAAAUCUAUGCCUAGAGUUUCUGGUAGUGGUAGCAGUGGCAGUAGCAGUAGCAGUAGCGGUAUCGAUACUCCCAGUGUUUCCCCCAGUGACACACCCACCCCACACGACAACAAUUUCGCCAUCCUCACCAUCCUCGUCGCCAUGAUCAUCUACGUCUGCGGCUACGCAUCCGGCAUCGGCAAUGUCCCCUGGCAACAAAGCGAACUGUUCCCUCUCUCCGUCCGCUCCCUCGGCUCUUCUCUCGCCACGGCCACAAACUGGGGAAGCAAUUUCGUCAUUGGCCUCACGUUCCUUCCCAUGAUGGACUAUCUGUCCCCUACUCUUACUUUUGCACUGUAUGCCGUUAUUUGCGUCGUGGGCUGGGUCCUCGUCUGGCUCAUAUACCCGGAGACGUCCGGCCUCAGUUUAGAAGAAGUGGGGGAUUUACUCCAGCGGGGGUGGGGCGUGCAUGCGCAUGCACAUGUGCGGAGAAGCGGCGGUGAUCAAGGAGGGGUAGGGGUAUUACACAGACGUAGUUUGUCUGGGUCAGCGGCGUCGGCAUCUGCGUCGUCGUUACAGUUGCAUGAUGAGCGGCGGUCAGGAGAGGUUGAUGAGCAUUCAGCAUGA